CAAUACGAUAUUUUGAGAAUUAGGUGAAUGUAAAGUGAGUAACAGUAAUAAUAUCCCUGCUUGAGCGGAUUAGCAAAUUCAGUAACAUCUAUUUUGCAUCACAAGUCAUGUUGAAAAAGCAUGUUCAACGGCACCGACAAUGCCCUCUUGGGCAGAAGAAAUUACCACUUGCUCCUCAACAAAAAAGGAAUCGACCGAUGCGAGUAGCUGCAUGAGAUAGAGAGAGCUAUUGGCAAUAUUGCUCACACUGACAAUGCUUCUAUUUUAAGUGCUGACUGGUUAGAUGAAGAUGAUGUUGACUUAUCUGGUAUAUCAGUGCCGCAAGUUGAAAAUGAUCAAUCAGCUACUAUAGAUUUUUCCCAUCAGGGGCGUCAUUUCAGGUUUUUCAGGGGGGGGGGGCAAAAGCAAAACUUGGUCGGCGUGUUAUGUUGUUUAUUACUGGAGGCCCCACAGUACAUAGCAAUUUAAAUAAAACCUGCAAAUUAAGAUUAAAUUAAAAUUGUGGGGACAAAUGCCCCCCUGCCCUACCCAAAUGAUGUCCCUGAUGCCCAUUGUUACGAUAGAGCAAACCUGGCUACUCCUUGGCAACAAUGAUUAUUUCAGAAAUCCCCCCCUCCCCCCCGGGGAGGGGGGACCUUCAGAUUUUUCGGGGGUUGGGACAGUGCCAGUUGAUUUAUUGUUGGACAUAUUUUGCUCGGGGGGGGGGGGCACUUGGCUCUUCCGGGGGGGGGGGGGGCAAGUGCCCCCUAGAGAUGUAGCUGAAAGAAACCCUGAUCCCGCCGUAAAUUACGAUAAAUUUUUACCUAUAACUUUACUUACUUAGCAUUAGCAAGUUUCCUUUUAAUAACUGAAAGAACAAAUCAUCAUGAAUCUGUUCGAGUCAUGAACUGGAAAGAAGAAAAUAUUUUAAUAUCAUGAUAUUAUAAAUAUCUUUUUUAGAUUUCGAAUUAUAUUUCUACUUUACUACUUCUGUCAAGUGCAUUUUGCACAAAUAUAAAUUCUUAUGAAUCAUGAAGAUAUAUAUAAUGUAUUGUAAUUUUAUGUAUAUAUUAAACACAUAAUCAUAUUUUUAAUCCAAACCAGGUAUGUAUUUUGUGGUAGGGAAGUCAAACAAAGAUGGCAGCUCUUUGUGUUGUAUCGAAGUCCAAAAUCAUAUGGAACAUUUAUUCUCAUUCAAGCCUUCGAAAAUGGUAUGUAGGAUUACUCUUCUUAUCAGUUACUACGUAUAAAAUACCUGUUAUGCAACUUUUAUCCAAAUAAAAAGACGAAUUUUAAAGCUAAUUGUGUGUCAGCGAUGAAGUCGAUAGAAUGCAAAAAUGAAAUAAAUUGUAUAGUAUAAGUAUAAGUAUAAGGGCCCAAUUGGACUUUGCACCCACAAAUCACAGGUCAUUACAAUUACAAAAAAAUUCACGUGCCAUGUGCAAAUCCACAAUUGAUUGUUUUUAUUGAUACAUUUCAUGGGUAGAGUUUCUGAAUUUCUUUGACAUUAUGUGGAAAAUUUAUGAUAAUAAAUAAUUAUAAUUAUAACUUAUUAUUAUUAUUAAUUAAUCAUAAUCUUAAUAUCUAGGCCUAGGAGGACUCUUUUAGUUUUAGUAAAAUUUGGGGGGUGUGGUUUUUGCCAAGAAUUUCCUAACCCUAAGUUAGCUCUAAGUGCAAUCAUCUGCAGUGACAUCUGUUUGGGGAAACUCAAUACUGGACUUAGAGUGCAUUAGACUUAGACCAUAACAAUGAUUUUUGAACGUGGGUGGUAUUCUUUUUCUAUUCCUUUUUUUUUAGCUAUACUCACAUCAUAAACUAAAUCUGACACAGUUUAAAUUUUCCAAAUUUAAAAAAAAAUUAAAUUGUAACUUACAGUGUUCCAAGGUAAUGAAAAAAGAAACAUGUUACAUAUCCUUGCUGAUAUCCCAAGAUGAACAUCGAUGGAAUAAAAGAUGCACGCUGUCUUUUGAUUGGUUAAAACCAAAUGAAGUGGCUGUAUGCCGCAUUAUGCUAUAUCUUUGACAUUUCACAGGUCAUUUCAGCAUAAUUCUCUGAGGAGGAGAAAACCCCUCCGCCAUUUAAAAAAAAUAUUAUAAAAUGAGGAAAAAAAACUUGCAUCAAAUAAAGUGUAAAUACAAAGCUAAAAAUCUAUAAUAUGUUAAUUCUGAUCUAUAGACAAAGUUGACCCAGAGAGCGCCCAACACCUAAAUACCAUGGAACAAAUUGUCGGCAUUACCAAAAUCAAUACCAAGUCCAUAUGGAGAAAGAGAAAUAUUAUUGAUGAAGUCCUCCUUGAGGACAUUAAUUAUUGUUGUUCAUAUAUUUGUUGGGCAAAUUGAUUAUGGGUGUUAGAAAUAGAAGUUUCCAAUGGUUUUAAUGCUAUGUCAGUUUCAAAGUAUGAACUCUGAUACUUGUUUAUCAGGACAGAUGAAAUCUGCAUACCCAUUGUGUAAAGUGUGGAAUUUUCUGUGAUGAAAUUGCGACUCACCUUUGAUUUCAUGUUUUAACCAUUUAAUUUAAUGAUAUCACACUGUGAUAUUCACACUCAGUUUGUUAAGAUAAUUAUUUUAUCUUUUAUUUUGAUUUCUCAAACUUUGAAAGUGGUUAAUUAGUUAUUUUUUUGAUUUAGUCAUAUUUUAUUUAUAAAUAUUGUUAUAAAAUUAAAAAAUUUACAUUUGCAUGUAAUAAAAUCAUUUAUAAUUUAAGAACUUUUACUGUCUCAUCUUUAACACCUAAAGAAAUAUCAUCAAACAUAUGAAGCGAGAGCGGACUCAAAAAUGGAAUUAUUCUAAAAAAUGUAUAUUAUAUUAAAAUGCUAUUACAUGUAAAAUAUUAUGUCAUUCCAUUAUACUUUGCAGCCUUCUCAAGUCUACAAGUGCUAGAUGGAUUCAUGUUUCUGCGAGAGCUAAUUAUCCGGCUCAUGAUAAGGAGUUUGAGAAAGCAAAGGAACGUCUGAACUCUCUUAAAGAGGAUCCUGGACCAAAUGUCAAGCUCAAAAUUUAUGGGCUCUUUAAGCAAGUAUGAAAAUAACAUUUUAUUUGAUACCUAUAAUUCUUUAUAGUUUUAUUUUUGUAUUAUUUGUUAUUUUUUUGCAUACAUUGAUGUCUUUUUCUUUGCAAUUAGAUGCAAUUUAAUAUACAUAUUAUAUUAAUAUGUCUAAGCUAAGCAAUACUACUUUAAUCUAUAGAACUUCUCUUGAAGUUUAUAAUUGAAUUCAUUACUGACAAAAAUGCUACACCUAAUAUCUAUUUAGGCAACUCAGGGGAAAUGCAAUGCUCCCAAGCCUGGUAUGAUGGACCUUGUUGGCAAGGCUAAAUGGAAUGCUUGGAAUGAGCUAGGGGACAUGACUCAGGUUUGGACAAAUAUUAAUAUGAUCAUUUUUAAAAUUUGGAUCCUGUUAACUAUAUUCCAUACAAACGUAAUGGACUUUAUGAACAUUAAAGAAAAUUAUAAUACAGAAGGUGCAUUAAGAUUCUAAUACAUGACCUACAACAACAUGUAAUGUCCCUGGAGGCCUUUAAAAUUAACUUAAGAAAUUUUGUUGUGACUAAAUGUUUCAUAAUGGGAGAGUUAAAAUUGGAUUUAUGGAUAAACCAGCUAUUUCAAUAAGGACGAAUCAUCAUAUAUAGGUAAAAUAAUUUAUUAAAAAUUGAUUAUUUAUUUACCAAUGUUUUUAUUUUUCACAUUUUAAAUACUAUAACAUAACUUCUUCAGCAUGACAAAGGGAGUUCAUUAUCUUCAAAAACAUACUGAAUAACACUUCAAUGAAAUUGUUCAACAGGAUGAUGCUCAGAAGGCUUACAUCAAAGUAGUUGAGGAGCUAGCAGGUGCAGAGUCAAGUGCACCUGCAGAAAACCUGGGACCUGGAGAGCAGUAUGAUGGUCUAAAAAUAACAAGGGAGAAUAAAGUCUUUCAUAUUCAGUUCAACAGACCAGCCAAAAAAAAUGCCAUUACCUGGCAGGUGGGUACAUCCAAAAUCCAUUAAAUCCCUUUGUGGCAAAGUCUGGCUGGUACUGAUUCAACCCUGUAAAUGCCAAAUUCAUCCACUCGGCACUUUGCUAUAUAAUAAGUGAAAAUGUUGCCAUUAAAUUUAAGUCUCACGAGAUAUGAGACUAAGAGCGAGUACCUCCAUAGUUUUAUAUUUUAUUGAUUUGCAAAGAGUAUUCAAUAUUUUCAUUGUUAUGAUCAUCACUAUGUGAGUACUCCAACACUAGCUAAUAAAAUACUACUUCUUAUUUUCUGUGGAUACAUAAUGAUGCUUUUCUCAGGAAGUACCGGUACUUGAAAGAAUACAACCCAUCAGAUUUGGCAUAAAUCUAUCUUUUUACAAAAAUGACGUACCGGUACAUGAAAGAAUACAACCCAUCAGAUUUGGCAUAAAUCUAUCUCUAUACAAAAAUGGCACCAAUUAUGUUAGUAGAUAUUUUUCACCUAAAUCUAUUUUUGUUGCAACUGAACACUGUGAAACAAAUGAUUAAUUUCUUCUUCUGUUUCUGUUUGCUCGAUUAAAGAUGUACAAAGGUAUUGGCAAAGCUUUUAAAGAGGCUGCAGAGGAUGAUGCUUACAGUAUAGCAGUGAUCUCAGGUAAUGUUCUCUAAGAUCCCACGCUCUAUGAUUUAGCUUUCUACUUAUAUUUUUAUUAAGUGAAGGUGGUAAAUCAAUGCAGAUGGGGGUUUGCUGUUAGCGUCAAAUUUUACCAGUGACAGACUCUAAUAAUGUGAUCUACAUGUUCACCAAUAUGUUCAUUGAUAUCUAUAGCAGAAACACGUCUGCAAAAGAAAGUGGCUACAGAUUGAAAUAUAAACAUUAGGCAGUUGUCUACUUUUGAAAGUUACCUUUUUAUUUGACAUCAGCUUAAAUCGAUGCGAGUUACUGUAUUAAUUAUACUGUACGUUUAUUUAGGAUUUUCGGAGCAUGGGGAUAACCAAGGCUGUAACUCUUCAUUUGUUCAGGUACUGGAGAUUACUACUGUAGUGGGAAUGAUUUAUCCAACUUCACAAAUGUGACUCCAGAGCAGAUACCUAAGAUGGCAAGUGAGGGAAGGGCCGUCCUAGAGUAAGCACUUGAGUGUUGGAGUGGGUUCGUUACGUCAUGAUGAUAUAUUUGUGUCUAUACCUUACUGUCAGUUUAUUUGUGUAAUAUCUGAAUGGCUUGUUGUACCGUUUAAUACUUUGAUAUAAAAUAGCUUUAUGUACCUGGUCGAAUAUAUUAACACUUAAAUAAUAAAAUGUUUUUAUGAUUAGGGAUAUGACAAUGAUUACAAGUAAAAAUAAUUGUUAAAUAAAAAUACUAGACUACAAGGAACCUGAUUUAAGAUAGCUUAUGAAAACGGUACAUCUAUUCUUUACAUAUUUUUAAAAACUUAUUGUUACAGAGAGUUUGUGAAUGCAUUUAUUGAUUUCCCCAAACCUCUGAUAGCUUUGGUUAAUGGACCAGCUGUUGGCAUUGGUGUCACACCCCUUCCAUUAUGUGAUGUUGUGUAUGCCACAGAUCUGGUGGGUUACCUUAUUCCCUAAUGCCCCAUAGCUAUUUUACUUUUAUAAAAAUAAGCACCUCAUUUAGUCUUAAAAGCAUAAUUAUAUAAUUUUUAAUAUGGAAGAAUAAUAUAAUUUCUGUUUAAUUUUUUUUUAAAGAUAAUAAGAAGCAGAAGUCUGUUUCAUUUUUUUAAGUCUUGAAUUAAAUGUCCUUAUCACGGUACAAAAUUUUACACUUUUAGAUUAAUGCCAUUGGUUUCAAAAGAGUUAUUUCAAUUUGCUCAGCUGUCUGUUAUUUUAUUCAUGACUGUUCAACUGUUUCAGUAUUGUUUUUAAUUUGUAUCUGCAGGCAACGUUUCAUACACCAUUCUCUGCCCUGGGACAGUCUCCAGAAGCCUGCUCAUCAUACACCUUUCCCAAAAUAAUGGGCUAUUCUAAGGUGAACUUUGACCUUCUACUGAGUGUACCUACCUUUUGGUUUCAUAACAAACAGUAACACCUCCUUAUUUAUCAUUUUGGUAACAUUCAAACCUUGAGAGUUCUAUAACAAUCGAGGUGCUACAUUUUUAUUUUAAAUUAUCUCCCAUCAUGUGAGAUAAAUAUACGGAGGCAUCUGAGUCAACCAACAUGUCCAACACUUUCUUUUCAGGCCAAUGAAAUGCUUCUAUUUAACAAAAAAAUCACAGCCGCUGAAGCCAAACAAGUGAAUCUAGUGUCUGAGGUUUUCCUCAAUGAUAGUUUUGUGAGGGAGACCAGCACCAGGAUACAACAGUUUGCCAAGUGCCCACCUCAGGUAAGUCGUGUGAAUGUGUAGAGAGGCAAGCAGUUUGGGGAAAACUCCACUUUUCUAAGGUAUGAUAACAUUUUUACAAAUAUAAUUUGAUUGAUAUGCAACUCACAAGCAGGUUAAUGACGAUUUGAUUAAAAAUUAAAAGAUAAAUGUUAACCCAUUAGGCUUUGAAUCGUUAUUAAAAAAAACAUGGAAUCAAUUUUUUUUUAAAGAAAAUUAAAAUAAUUCUAUCUGUAAUUUGUGUCAUGCUUAGAACUUUCUAUUGCGGAUAAGAAAUGAACUGAAGAACGGAGCUAUGAAAAUUAAAUUAGUUUUUAUCGUCAAAUUUUUAAGAAUAUUUUCUUUUCUUUACAAAAUGUGUUUGACUUUAACAAGUGUCUUCUUAAAUUUGACUGAAGAUACGCUUAACACAAAUAAUGCUUAAGAAAUAUUCUUCCUCACUUUGAACAAGCGUAUGAUUGUAUUAAAAGAUUUAUCAGUUACAAAGAUUUUUUUAAAAAUUUAUUUUUCCAGAGUUUGAGACUUUCUAAGAUACUGAACCGCAGCAGUGAACUUGAACUGCUGAAGAAAGUCAACAAAGAGGAAUGUAAGCUUUUGGAAGAAAGAUGGCAAUCUAAAGAAUGUAUCAAUGCUGUCAUGGCCUUCUUUUCUAGGAAAUCAUAAACCUAAAUUCCGUGAAUUUGAUGUGUUAUGGUAAUAGGUUCGAUAAAUGUUGAAGGAAAUGAGCUCAAACUUAUGUUUAAAGUAUGUCGAGAAAUCCUCCAUGAAGCUAAGAGACCAGACAUUCUACUCCCAGAGUAUAUCUGGAAAUAGUCUCUGUCAGGAUUUUAUGGUGUGCUAAUAACAGUUCAAAUUAAUUUGAUUAAUUAAAAAUUUGAAUUCAACAAGAAUAUCUUUGAAUAAGACUUGGUUUUUUUUAGCGGAGAAAAAAAUCCUCUACUUUAAUUAUUUAACAAAAUAUGAAUUGCUCUGUUUAAAUAUUGGAUUUAAAAUGUUAAUUUAUGGCUGUGCUAAUCUUAUGUUUCACUCAAGUGAUCUUUCAUAAAAUGUGUUCUUGAGAUCCCAAGUGCCAUGGUUUAAAUGUGUUAGAAUGGUCUUUACUAGACAUACCAAAUAGACAUUUGAGAAAUGUCAGUAACUAAUGCAGCUGAGAAAUUCCUCAUAUGUGUGCCUUUCUUUUCUAAAGAUGGCUUUUGAUGGGAAAAAAAUGUGAGAGAAUUCUGCUAUUGACCACAACUAUAACUAAAAAGCCUAUGCUUUAUGAGUUAUAAUUAAUUAUGGUCAUAAAUAUAUUUCAAGAACAAAGCAUUUUCCAACUUAAUUUAAAUUUUAUCUUAAAUUUCUCUAUUUAAAUGUUGUUUAAAGUCAUUGCUUUGUGUCUGUGUUAAUACCUUGGACCGUGAUGUUACAAAUGGUGAUGAUUCUUAUUAGUGUACCAAUAUGGUGACUCACAUGGGAAUAUAUAUAUGUAUUAAACAGAUCAUGCAUAGUCAUAGUCUAGGCAAAGUCAUUAUUUUUAUGCAAAUCCUAUCUUAAAACUUAGAAAUGUUUUGACUGCACUGUUACAUCGAAAAGAGAAAAUUUCAAAUAAGUUCCAAUAAGAAUGUACAAAUGACCUCAAAACAAGCAAAUCCAAUAAUGGGUAAUACAGAAAAUUAAGUGAGGCUAUUAAGAUUGCGGAAAUUCUACAUAACUUCAGGUAAUGGUAGCUUUUUAUUUCAUUGAUACAUUUUUUCCUUUAAUGACUCAAGUAAUAAUGAUUUUCAUCAAAACACACAUUAAAAUGUAAUCCAUUGUUGAUCAUGACAAAUAUAUUUUCUAUUGACAACAUUUGAUGCCUUUGCCACAAUUAAAAGAAAUGAUUAUUUAAAACAAAAUA